UUGAAAUCCAUCAAUAGAAAAAAUAAGAGAGUUGCUUAAAUGAAAAUGUGUUUAAAUCCAGGCAGACCAGGACGCUGAGGGUAUUCUCAUCCAAAAAGUUCAUUUUUUUGAUAACAAGGACACCAUAGAUUUUUUAAUGGAGAGGCCUGAUGGAAUUUUUGCACUUGUCGAACAAGAAACAAAGUCAAUGAAAGCCAAUGAUGCUGGUUUAGUAAAGAAGUUCUCCACUAAACAUCGGAAGCACCAUUGUUACUCGGAUGUAACCAAGUYUUCUUUUCCAGCGUUUGCAAUAAGUCACUAUAACGGACAGGUUACCUACUCUGCUGUUGACAUYUUAAGCAAAAACAAAGACAUGUUGGGAGGUAGCUUAAUCACGUGUUUACAAGAAAGUGAAGACGAUCUUAUCCAUCGUCUUUUCAUGGUGAAGCUGUCAUCUACUGGAGCCAUCGUUCGUGCUGGUCAGCAGAGCACUCAGGAGAUUCCAAGUAUGCCACGUAAAGCAGAGAUGAAGAAAAUGCAACGAACUGUUAGGCGACACUUAGAAAUGAUAGGGAACAUCCAUGGAAUUACAAAUAAUAAAGUGGCUAAAAAGAAAAUGAUAGAAGAACAGUCUCACCUAACUUUGACGUCUCGAUUUCGAAAUUCCCUCUCAGAUUUAAUGCAAAGAAAUUUGAAAAGUGAGCUCCAUUUUGUGAUUUGCAUUCGUCCCAACCAAGCACUUGAACCCGASCAGUUUGAUGAUGACUUGGUCACUGCACAGUUGAGAUACAGCGGUGUCAUGGAGACUGUGAGCAUGCGUCAACAAGGCUUCCCAGCACGAAUUGCAUUCAGAGAUUUCAUCGAAAGGUAUAAAAUCAUAUCGUUUCGAUUGACGGUAGAUGUCAAAUACAAUCAAGACACUUGUGAGAAGAUUUUAUCUCAUGUUGAUGGACUGGGCUGGAGAAUAGGAAAAACAAAGGUGUUUAUGAAAAACAGCUGUAGGGAGCAGUUGAACGAUCUUAUCGAUACAGCAMUUCGAGGGAUUAUUAUCGUGCAGAAAUUAUUUCGUGGUAGAUGUGCAAGAAGGUUUUUCAGGUUUCUUAAACAUCAAAAGGAAAAACAGAAAAAUGAAGUUAUCGACUUCAUCACAAAGAUUCACAGUAGAAUGGAUCUAGUGUAUAGCAAUCUGUGCUAUCAAGUCAAUGAAGACGAUGUUCGAGCCAAGUGUACCGAUGCAGCAGAGCCAGAUGAGCAGGUCAAAAAGAAAGCUUUGCAAAUCUUGGAUGGGCGAAAGCGCAAACACAAGAAACAAAUUUCAAGCAGCGUUGCUGACAAAGUAGAAGACACUGUCGAUGGACGAUUAGACUUGCGCCAGGUGGAAGAAUUGGAUACUUCUUCAAUCGGACAAAGAACUUCUACAUUGCAGUCACAGCCUAGUCAUGACGAGAUUGACAUAAAUCAAAAUCUUGAAGCAGAAACCACAUUUGAACCACCACUCGUUUCGAUGUCAGAUAUAUUUACUUACACUGAAGGUAAAAUUGCUUCGUCUAACGCAGCAUCUGAGGAAGCGAGUCCAUUCCGUAGCGUUUCUGACGAUGCUGGAGACUACACCGACGACAUAUCGAUUACCGGUCAAUAUUCGAUCAUGGAUGUCUUCAGUACUGGCAAGCCAGAAAUAUUUCCUGUUGAAGAGGGUGAAGAAUUGGGGACUUCUAUUGUUGAUAUUAUGAUGCAAUCUGGUGAGGAGGAUGUAGCCACGCCCCUUACCUCGCCUAGUAGUUUGGUGACGUCACCUAUUCGUCCGAGUCUGACUGGGAGAGAGUCUAAUCUUUCAACUUUUUCGUUUGACUCGGUAUUAUCACCGGAUGGAGACUUGGACGAUGUUGCUAUAGAGUCACCUGGCAUAUGGUGUAUGAUCACGUGCUAUGAACGUGAUGUGUCACGUGGUGAGUUCCAAGUGGAUAGGUCUGUCAUCAUUGUGGAUGGUUCUAGUAACGCCUUUGAUGUCACAAGAAUUGGUAUUGGAUCCCUACCAAUGAACCCAUCGGAUGUAAAGGUCGAGAAAACAAGGCGCUGUAUAGGCAAGGGCAUCAAGCUUACCAUUGACGCUGAAGGGAAUAUGUGGGUAAAGCGGUGUAGCAAGAACAACGUCUACGUCAAGGGCAACUUCUUGUCUCCAGAAGUCAAGGAUUCUAGUGGAGAAUUGCCAAAAGGAAAACUUGUCAAGGUAUUUGACUACGAAGCGUUUUCUAAUAAUCUUCAACACGAGUGCGAUCCAACAAGGUACGAYCCAGGGAAGUGUGAGGACCUAUUGUCAAGCACUUYGGUGUAUUUCUCAUUCGUAAAGGAUGCAGUCGAGGAUGUGGACACACCUUGUUGGAUUGAAGUGAGGAUGACGCAGCCUUAUCGCAUUACUGAAGUUGCUAUGGACUUAGCAAAAGACCGACGAAGGAUCGAGAGGGAGAAACGCGGCGAGCAUACUCCGCCGAUUCUCCGAGCAAAGAUCGGCAAGUCUCGGCAAGUUAUCGCAGUUGGCGCAAUGGAGAAGAAAGUUCGGCCCCAACGUUAUAUAGACUCGUUCAAGUAUGGACGAAARGGUUGGGCUCGAAAGAAAGUUUCUGUGAAUCCUUUUGAUUUUGGAAAUCAAGCCGUGUUUGCGGUAGACAACACACUACGAGGAAGAGCUUUGUCUUCUCCUGAAGAAUUAGAAAGUCACUCUGAAAUGGAYAAGGCUGCUUCUUAUGACGAAGUUUUUUCUUCAAAACCUAGCGUUUCAGAGACAACCGCUUCACAAGGCAAGGUUUGGGCUAAAGACCAUGUGAAGGCCAGGGAGGAACAGACAAGAGCUCGGACUCGGCAUAAAACUACGAGUGAAUCGUGAUUCAUGGGCGAUAGGAACCAAAUAAAUUGAUUCGUGUAGAGGAAUGUAUUGAUAGUCAAUGUAGAUAUGUGGAAUAUUAAACAUACUUCAGUGGGCAAAA